AUGGGAUCACACCCUCCAAGACAUGUUAUGUUGGGCCUCUUGAUAUGGACGGGCUCACUACCAUUGGGUCCCCUUAUGCUCUCUACUGCUUCUUCAUGUAAUUUCCCUGCAAUAUUCAACUUCGGUGACUCAAAUUCGGACACGGGUGGUCUGUCAGCAGCAUUCGGACCAGCACCUUCGCCCAAUGGAGAGACACACUUCCACCACCCUGCAGGACGCUAUUCCGAUGGCCGUUUGAUCAUCGAUUUCAUCGCGGAAAGCCUUGGUUUACCGUAUCUUAGUGCAUAUCUAGAUUCUGUGGGUUCCAACUUCAGCCAUGGAGCCAAUUUUGCCACUGCUGGGUCAACCAUCAGGCCUCAAAACACCACCAAGUCGCAGAGUGGAUACAGUCCCAUUUCAUUAGACGUUCAAUCCGUUCAGUAUUCAGAUUUCAAAAAAAGAUCCCAGAUACACCGCAGUCAAGGGGGGAUCUUUGAGACUUUGUUGCCGAAGGCAGAUUAUUUUUCGAAAGCUUUGUACACCAUUGACAUUGGCCAAAAUGAUCUCACUGCUGGUUACAAGCUUAACAUGACCACAGAACAAGUCAAGGAAAACGUUCCUGAUAUGUUAGGCCAGUUCUCCAGCGCUGUGAAGCAAAUUUAUGCUGAAGGAGGAAGAUCAUUUUGGAUACAUAACACUGGCCCAGUGGGUUGCCUGCCAUACUCUUUAGACAAGUUUCUAAUCACAGCAGCCCAAAUAGAUAAAUAUGGAUGUGCCAGCCCAUUCGAUGAGGUUUCCCAAUUUUUCAACCAAAAAUUGAAAGAAGCUGUGGUUCAACUCAGGAAAGAUCUUCCCCAGGCUGCAAUUACUUUCGUUGACAUCUAUUCACUGAAGUAUACCCUAAUCACCCAAGCCAAAAAAUUUGGAUUCGAGCAACCUUUUGUAGCAUGUUGCGGUCAUGGUGGGAAAUACAACUACAAUAGUGCGAGAAGAUGUGGUGCCAAGAUCACUGUGAAUGGAACGGAGGUGGUGAUAGCUAAUUCAUGCAAAGAUCCAUCGGUUCGUGUAAUUUGGGACGGUGUGCACUUCACUGAGGCAGCUAAUAAGUGGAUAUUCCAGCAAAUUGCUAAUGGCUCAUUUUCAGACCCACCAGUCCCUUUGAAGAUGGCCUGUCAUCGAAAGGACCACCCUUGA